GGUUAAUUUACCAGUAAAUUUUGCGUUCUUUAGGCUAAAGUAAGUUGAAUCCGAUGCAAAAUGUCGCAGGAUAGUGAUUCAAGUGCAUCCGGCGAUGAAAAUCAAGACUUGAUAGAGCCAGCGGACGAGGAAACCGAAGCUGUUCCGACCCCGGGAUUAGCUGACGUGAGUGCGUCUACUUCGAGCAAUCUGAACACCUCGUUUGUUGGGAAAGUAUGUACGAAAGUAUCGAACAUCCUAUCAACAAUCUUUUCGCGAAGUCCCCCAGCAGCAACAGCAUCAAUCCACAAGCAACCUCGCCAAUUAACCAACGCGGACAGUUUCAGUACCAUUGGGCAGAGGAAAAGGAAACAUUCGCCUGCUAUGAGUCCGUCACUUAUCAUCGACGACCGUUAUGAGCAGAUGGUGCGUAAACGAGCUCGACUCAACGUUCCUACCGAAUCCGUUACUACACAAACCGUUGCUACACAGACAGUUGCCACUGAUUCAGUAAAUCGGAAUGUGCGCUCAGCGACGCCGAAUCGAUUCCAACAACGCACAUCACAACGCGAAAUCCAGCGACGGCUAGCGUCCCGCAAAUUAGCGGGCAGAGGUGUUACGCCACAUGUCCAGCAAAAAUUGGUACGUAAGGCGGAUGCCGAACCCCGUCAAGACAGCGGAGAUUCUGUAGGCAUCGUAGCCCGCAAGUCGCCAGCGUUUGUGCCAUCCGAGUCGACGCCGGUUUCUUCAAUUGAACGAGAUUCGAGAGCUGAUAGCGUUGCGAGUACCAUUCGAUCGGUCAAUAGUCAGUCACAACUGCAAGACGAAGGUGACAGCGUGACAACUGACCGCAGCACAAGUAAGCAACAACAACUGAAAGUACCAUCCGGGAUUCGGCAAAUAUACGCGGCCACAGCAAAGGUGAAUGAUGACCCUGCCCGUCGCUAUAGCACCUUUCUGGGAAAUCGAAUUUACAACCAGCGCCAGCAGGCCAGGCACCGCAGUCAGGGUGGGGACAUUUUAAAUUUUUCAUCGCACCUCGACCGCAGGAAAAGCCUGUUCGCCGCGACUACGUACGAGCGUCCUGCAUUUAAUCCGUCCGUCUACGGCAACAUGUCAUCGCUCCGUAGCGAGACCACGACGCGGUCCCCCUUGGCGUCUCCCUUUUACGACGGGGUCACGCGUUACGGUGGCGCAUCUGCUGCGCCACUCAAUUACGCCCGACAACUCGAACGUCGGGCACAACUCUUGACGAAACGGGUUCCCACGACGGAAAGAAAAGAAACCCCCAGCGACACGCAGUGGAUUCAAAACAUUUUGAAAACAUAUUCCAAUCCGCUGGGCGCGUCGCAAAGGCGCGAAGCAAAUAAAUAUAUGCUAGAAAACAAGGAACUGAGGGAGCAACUGCGUAACCCGUACCAACAAAUCGGCACUCCGAUCCGUAUGCAGAUGCCGUGUACCACCAAGGAGGAGUUGCAGCGUCGAAAACAGGCCCAGUUAAUUCCCAUGAAAGAGUUGGUGGUGCCUCGCGUAGUGGAGAUGAUGGCCCUCAAGCAACACGUUCAGGAAGCGACGGUUAGCGACCCCCCGAACACCAUCACCCAUCAACCCAUUAAGUACACGCCACCCGCCCAGCAACAGCAUCAGCCGCACGAGACGAUGCAAUCGCUCGACUCGAAACAAACAACCAAAAUGAAACCUAAAUUAAAUCGCGCCCGCGGCGAACUGUCCGCCAAAGACCGUGAGAUGUACAGCCCGGCCGUUCCGCUAGAGCUGCCGAAUGUCAAGCUACCCGAGAUGGCAGCGUUCCCGAAGUUCGACUUGAAUUUGCCUUACACAUCAUCGUCCUCAACGGAUGCACGAUCCAUUGUCCGACGCGAGCCGUCGACUCAGUCAUCCCGAUCGUCUCCAGUGCGACCACGGCCGCCACCAGUUACCACCCUCCCACAUCCACCCAACGAUACGGGAGCUAAUGCGCGUCGCAGCGAAGGCAGAGAAAAACCAUUCGUGUUCAGUGCAACUAACAUUAUCGGUUCCAUGAUCUCCAAUCCGAGUGCUAUCUCACGCAAGCGAUUUAGUUUUGUCUUGCCGCAAUUGCUGAAUGAAAGGAGUUCCGGCGGAUCGGAAACGGCGAAAGCAAGCUUCCAGCAGCUGAAGGCUGUCAAUGCAAAUAAAUGGACCUGUGAUGUUUGCAAGGUUCUAAAUGAACAGCACCUUGCAAAAUGUUUCGCGUGCAAGAGUUCGAAGUCGGCGACACCAAGUAAGAGUGUAGCGGCGGCAGCACCGCCAAGCUUCCAGCAGCUGAAAGCUGUGAAUGCCAACAAAUGGAUCUGCGAUGUUUGCAUGGUUCCAAACGAGGAAGAUCUCGCGAAAUGUGUCGCAUGCGAGAGUAAGAAGCCAGCUCCCAAAACGGCGGCACCGCCAAGCUUCCAGCAGCUUAAGGCCGUGAACGCCAAUAAAUGGACGUGUGACGUUUGCAUGGUUCCAAACGAGCAGGAUGUCGUGAAAUGCGUCGCAUGCGAGAGUAAGAAACCAGCUCCCAAAUCGACGGCACCGCCAAGCUUCCAGCAGCUUAAGGCCGUGAACGCCAAUAAAUGGACGUGUGACGUUUGCAUGGUUCCAAACGAGCAGGAUGUCGUGAAAUGCGUCGCAUGCGAGAGUAAGAAACCAGCUCCCAAAUCGACGGCACCGCCAAGCUUCCAGCAGCUUAAGGCCGUGAACGCCAACAAAUGGACGUGUGACGUUUGCAUGGUUCCAAACGAGCAGGAUGUCGUGAAAUGCGUCGCAUGCGAGAGUAAGAAACCGGCUCCCAAAACGGCGGCACCGCCAAGCUUCCAGCAGCUUAAGGCCGUGAACGCCAACAAAUGGACGUGUGACGUUUGCAUGGUUCCAAACGAGCAGGAUGUCGUGAAAUGCGUCGCAUGCGAGAGUAAGAAACCGGCUCCAAAACCGACGGCACCGCCAAGCUUCCAGCAGCUUAAGGCCGUGAACGCCAAUAAAUGGACGUGUGACGUUUGCAUGGUUCCGAACGAACAGGAUGUCGCGAAAUGUGUGGCAUGCGAGAGUAAGAAACCAGCUCCCAAAUCGACAGCACCGCCAAGCUUCCAGCAGCUUAAGGCCGUGAAUGCAAAUAAAUGGACGUGUGAAGUUUGCAUGGUUCCAAACGAGCAGGAUGUCGUGAAAUGCGUCGCAUGCGAGAGUAAGAAACCAGCUCCCAAAACGUCGGCACCACCAAGCUUCCAGCAGCUUAAGGCCGUGAAUGCCAAUAAAUGGACGUGUGACGUUUGCAUGGUUCCAAACGAGCAGGAUGUCGCGAAAUGUGUGGCAUGCGAGAGUAAGAAACCGACUCCCAAAUCGGCUGCACCAAGCAACAGUGCUGUGAAAGUCAACUUUGGCCAAGUACCGCUGCCAGCAGGUACCAACAACAAUCACAGCGGCCGUGACAUCGGAUCAGCCGUCCGGAAUGCUGGCGGCGCAAUGGCUUUUGCUAGACCAGCACAGUCCGCAGUCUCUCGCAGCAAUGGCCCGGCACAGCGGCAGCAGCCAGAACCGGUCGCAAAGCGAGUACGUGCCGCGGCAAAUGCAACUGCUGCUGCCGCGAUCAAACCGGCCGAAGUCAUUACCAUCAGUGAUGACUCGGAAGAUGACACGGACAGCGUCUGCGAGGUUGUUGUCACGAAUUCGACGCCGGCAACGUCGGUUUCAAGUGGAGCCAGUACAACAGAGCCUGCUUUACCUGCUAAGAAAGGUAGUCCCCCGGUUGGUUUGUUUGCAUCGGUAGUGGUGCCUCCCUCGAUUGGCACUAGCACGAAUGGUACCGGGAGCCGCGGGACUCUGUUUACAUUUGGUAGCGGAGGAACGUCUUCCACUUUCGAGACUCAGACGCCAUCACAAGUUCCUUCCGCCCCACCCACAGCGGUGAGUGGCGGCAAUUUGUUUAGUACCCCUCACAUUACUGCCACGCAGUCGGACGACGCAUGUGGGCCCAGCCAAAACAACAUCCAGCGGACAAAACGGCCUUUAAGCGAGGCGAUCGGAAGCAGCAACAACGGUAACCAUUCCGGAGUGAACCAAGCCGAUGCAGCCCCGAAACCAUUUUCGUUCUCCGCCUCGACGGUACCGAACUUCAACUUUUCCGCACCCGCCCCAAUGGAGAGCACAGCUGCACGCGCGCCAAGCGACCGCGGUACGCCAGUGUUUCAAUUUGGGGGACUCUCGCAGCCAAACCCACUGGUCAAGCUUGCGGAAGGCGACAACCCAGGGCAAACCGAAACCAGCGCGAGAAAAUUGAAGUUGCGCGCAACCCGCCGGUUGUAGACGGGCGCCCUAUGACAAGACAGUUCAGAAGAUCAACGGCGGCCGACCAACGAGGCGGAAAACGAGGCGGUCGAAACGAUAUUCAUAAGAAACGAGGGUCUAAGUAACGCGAAUAGAAUAACUUGACACACACGAAACCAGGAGAGGCAAACAAAACUUGAUCCUCCUCAUCUGCAACACACUGAGGAGUAACGUUACUUUAAAUUUAGUUUUAUUGCUGGAGAGUAAGUAAGUAAUAGGUAGAGAGAAGGGAGGAGCAGAGAGAGAGAGAGGAGAAAGAAAGGAGGUCCGCAUGUUUAAUUUUUUCAAUCAAUCCGCUUAUAAUGUUUCAAAUUUGUUUUGUUUCCAGAAACUUUGCUUGUGUAGAAUUCAAAAACGCUUGAAUUUGCAAAAUAUAUCAGAGAAAGAAAGAAAGAGAGCGAAAGAGAGAGAGAGAGAGAGAGAGAGAGAGAGAGAGAGAGGAAGAAAGGAGGUUCGCAUGUUUAAUUUUUUCAAUCAAUCCGCUUAUUCUGUUUCAAAUUUAUUUUGUUUCCGGAAACUUUGCUUGUUUAGAAUUCAAAAACGCUUGAAUUUACAAAAUAUAUCAUUUAUAUACUUGGGAAAA